UGGCACACAAUGCUUUGGGAUUAGGUCGCUUGUUAAAUCUUUCUUUAGGCUCGGAGAACCGUUCCAAGAAGCGCUAAAUGAUUAUUUUAGGCAAUAAAGGGGGAUAAUAGUCUGCCAAUUGUUUGCGUGAAAGGCUGAAUUCGUUCCAGCUCAUGGAUUAUUUUGGGACUUUUUUUAAUGCAAUUAAGGCAUGUUAGUAUUGCUUUUGCUUGUUUCGAAAUGUAAUAAUAAUAAUGAUGAUGAUGAUGAUAAUAAUAAUAAUUACUCUCGACUUUAAUAUAGAAAUAAGCCGACAAAGUUGCGCGGUGUUCUCGCACCAUAACACUCCUGUGCAGGACAUCAGUCUUAGAUGAUAGAGAAAAGGGGGAGAUUUAUAACAAAUUAAUAAAUAAAAAGUCCUUGUUGAUCUGCCGCUUAAGCAUGCUGAAUUAUUUAGCCGUGUUGUGGAAAAGAGGAGAGCACCUGUUUGUUGUUGUUUUACUGUGUUGCCCACGCACGAGCGCUGGAUCAGAGCAGUAGGGAUGGCACAGUUUUCGGCUUUGGUAAUAGUCUACACACAGCUGGAACCGGGAUUGUUCUUCACGUGACGUUGACGCAACACCUGUAAAACGACUAUUAUAUGUUAUGAAAAGCACGGGGUACGAAAUAUUGCGGUUAUACACCUUUAGAUACCUAUACUUUUUGGAUGCUGAAUAUUUACAUUGUUUUGUUUUGCGCUUAUUUGCUGAGACGUUGCUCACAAGCCGCUAGGAGGAGCUCAAAAUUUCCCGAAAACUUCUUUUUCUUCUUUUUGGAUGAGUUUUUUUUUUGUUUGGCUUCUCGACUGCCAGUCAACUACGCUGUAAUCCAAUCGUUGGUAGUUUUUUUUUUUUUUUUGAUGCCGAGGACACGCGUUUCCGUUUCGCGCUUCGUGCCGCUCGUACUCGCAGUUUUUCUCGCACGCGGCAGGAAUCCGUCACCUCGCCGUCGGCACGAGCGGAUAAACUUAAUGUUUACAGCCGUUUGGAGCAGUCCGCGGUGUGGAGGCAGCUGUGCACUACAUUACCCGUGAGUUACUGACUGUACUGACAUUGUUUAGAAACGCAAGCACGGAGAAAGUAAUCAUCAUCAACAACAACAACAACAACAAAAAGGCUUUCACAUAAGCUACAGUCGCGCGCCACAGGCGAACAGUUUCCUCUGUGCACGAGACAAGAUUUCUAAAUUCUCCGGUGGUGUGCGAGUGACGUUUUAUCCUCGAGCGCUCUUUAACAAAGCCGCGAGCUCUUUAAACGCGUUUCACGUGACGAACGCGGCGUGUUUCAGGCGAUUCGCGUCGAAGAAAGAAAAUAGGAAGUUGGCUCUUGGCUCGGAAUGAAUUUGACUUGUGACGCAGUUUGACCGGCGCUUCUGCCUCGCAUGACCCGGCCAUCACAACAACUGGCGUCGUUAGUAAACAUAGCGGUGAACUGAAACGGGGAAAAACGGUGCGUCGCGUGCAUGUUCGAGCAGCGGUGCCAGAACCUCGCUCAUGCGCGCAGACGGCAAUACCGGGCCGAUGGCCCAGCCUUCUUAAAGGAGCAGGGGGGACGCGGAGAGAGCGCCUCCCGGGCCGAGCCGUGUGAGAGCCCUCAGCACAGAGAAUUGGAAGUGAUUAGGGGAGGGAUCGCGCUGCCGAAUAGCCGCGUGGCUUACCAGUCGAGGUCGCCUGUGUUCCGAACCCUCUCCAGGUCGUCGAGUGGAUAUUUUUCGUUCGACAGUGAGCCGAGCUCUCCGCUAAUCACCCAUAGCACAGCCACUCAGACCCCGAGUCCGUCUAGUCAAGUGAUAACUCACGCCCUGCAGCGCAUUUCCAAAGCGCGAGGCGACGCGCAGAAUCAUGAAUUAUGGCCUGCUCUCCUUAACCACUAUCCACCCCACGGAGCAGCAUCUGCGGGGGACAUGCAAGCGGAGUUGGAAAUUGCGCAAGAGUUGCGGCGCAUCGGGGAUGAAUUUAACCAGCUUUAUUUUCAUGAGGCAGAAAGAAAUGGUGGCGCAGCCCGUCCGCAGGCCCAAAACGAGCCCGCCAUCAUGCUGUGGAUCGGGCUCCUGAUUGGACGGCUAUUACAAUUCUUCCUGAGGCAAAGAUGAUGGACACAGAGAGCACCCAGCAGACAAGUAGCACCCAAUUGUAGAUAUGUAAAUACGCCACACCAGAGACUGCGCUUGCUCUCUCACUCUUUCUCUCUCCCUCUCUCUCUCUCUAUCUCUCUCUCACUUGCUCUAUCUCUCUGUCUGCCUCUAUGUCACUAUGAGGGAGCAUCUGUUCCUCUUUGAACUACACGCUGACCUCUACUUUCCCUGUCCAGAGGAGAAUUUGGAUCUGGAUGCGCUGGAAUUGGGUGGGGAAUUCUGGGAUAACCUGGAGUCAUAGACAGCUAUGUUUCCUGCACGAACAUGGAAAGCUGAGCCAUUAAAACACUGGGUCGAGAAGGUGGUGAGGCCUCUCUCUGUCUCUGGAGUUUUUCCGUUUUUCGCCAAGUGAAGACGUGUCGAAAACGUGCCUUCAUGGCCUCAGUGCUCUUAUCUUUCCCUUUCAGUGCCCAUUCGCUGUUUGUUUUUCGUUAUGUUCAUUUUAACUAUGUAUAUCGUUUAAAAACUCACUUUAGUUCUGUAUUUAUUUGCCACUGUUGUAUUUAAGUUGUGUUAUGUUUUGUUUAGAAUUGGAGUGGAUUAGUUAGCGGUAAUGUUGCAGUUCUGCCUGCCCUUCUUUAUUGACUCAGAAUUUGCACUUCUGUAUAAAUAGUCUACACAUGACAUACAAAAUUGUUUGAAAAAUCACGUAUUCCCUGAAGAUCUUGGUGGGAACAAGGAAAUCUACGACUGGCUAUUGACAGCUUAUGAGAGCUAUAGAAACACACCAGGUCAGACAUUCAAUGACUAGUUCAUUUCGCAGUUUGGCUUUUUAAAACGAUGCCCUUUCGUGUUUUGAGGCCAAGUGAUUUAACAUUGACGAAACACAACACAAGGACAGACGAGAAAGACAGGUUUCCGCUUUAAAAUGAUUUUAUUGAACUUUUAUUUUUAACAAAUUAAUGAUUUGAAUUGUUUUAAAUUUGGCCCAUGGAGUAAUUUAAUGAGUGAAGGGUUUAAUAAUACACAUGUGGUUGGUCAGCUGUGGUUGUAUUGGGCAUUUCAUAAUGGGUGGUGCAUCCACUUUUAAUUGUGUGUGUGUGAGAUUAAAGCGAUUCAGGGGAUUUUUCAAGUGAGGUUUUAUUCUUGCUGACUAUUGACCAAAAACAGCCUUAAUCACAGAGUCUAGAUUCAAUAAUUGUGAUGUAUUGAUGUUAUAAAAAAUAGCCUCAGUGACUCAGGGGAUUUAUACCUGUGGAGUUUUAAACAAAAUGGGCUUCCUUCAUGAUCCAGUCCAUGGCUCUAACCUGCAUCUACCCAAACCCUUUUUCAUGUAUUGCCAUUUUCCCAGUAUUGCAUUUAGCGUUGCAAAAGAUGGGUCAUACAUUCUUGACACUUCACAACUGAUAUGUUAAAUAUGUUUGAUAUGUUAACUGAUGACAAUAGACACCAAGAUGAAUUGUCAGAUAUUAAAGAUACCCACGAUCCACUUGUUAAAAUGCGAUUAUGGGCAUCUCGUUUCCAUCAUCUUUUAAUCAUUUCUUUCAUGCACAAUUGAAUUUCUUGUCAAAAUGACAACAACCCAUUUUUAGCUUGCCCUAACUGUUUCAGGUUUAUCAGUCAAACCAAAGAACUUGUUUUGACAUACUGUAUGUAAAUGUUGACGUUUGCAUUGUGUUCUGGUAUGUUGCACAACCAUAUAAAGAUUGGUAUAGAAUCAAACUCCCGGUAAUAGAAAUGUCAUGUUUCAUGUCAAAAUAUUUGUGCCCUCCCCCACCAGAACAUACAUUUUCAGAGAAGUUCAAUUUCAAGCCGUUCUGCAUUCCAGUUCACUGUAUUUUUGAAUAAAUUCAGUCUCAUUACCUGCAAAUUAACUGCUCCACCUCAUAGACCCAGUACGUUUGUAGCAAAACGUUUUUCUUUGGUUCUUUUGUACAUUUUGUUGUGUUUGCACUGAAACUGUGCUGUGCUGAACUUGUGCAAUACUGCUGUAAAUAAAAGCUUCUUUUUCAUCUUUCUAAAAAUGCCUAACUUGUGUCUAAUUUAAGGAAGCACUUUGACAUGUAAUCCUGACUGUAAAAUAAACACAAUGCAAGUUUAUUGUUGAAGAAAUGCAUUAUAUAUGUAUAUACUCCAGUUGGCCAAAACAUUAAAGCCACUGAUAGGUGAUGUGAAUAACACUGAUUAUCUUGUUACAAUGGCACCUUUAAAGGGGUGGGCUCAAAGUUGAUGUGUUGGAAGCAGGAAAAAUGGGCAAAUGUCAACAAAGGAUCUGAGUGACUGUAACAAGGACCAAAUUGUGAUGGCUAGACGACUGGGUCGGAGCAUCUUCAAAAAUGGUAGGACUUGUAAGGGUGUUCCCGGUAUGCAGUGGUUAGUACCUACCAAACGUGGUCCAAGGAAGAACAACCAGUGAAUUGGCUACAGGGUGAUGGGUGCCCAAGGAUCAUUGAUGUGUGAGGGGAGCAAAGGCUAGCCCAUCUAGUCCGAUCCCACAGAAGAGCUUCUGUAGCACAAACUGCUGAAAACAUGAAUCCUGGCUAUGAGAGAAAGGGGUCAGAACACAGUGCAUCACAGCUUGUUGUGUAUGGGGCUGCGUAGAUGCAGACUGAUCAAAGCGCCCAUGCUGACUCCUGUCCACCACUGAAAGCCCCUACAACAGGUACAUGAACAUCAGAACUGGACCAUGGAGCAAUGGAAUUAGGUGGCUUGGUGUGUUGAAUCUAAUUUUCCUUUACAUUAUGUGGACAGACGGGUGAGUGUGCAUCACUUAUCUGGGGAAGAGAUGGCACCAGGAUGCACAAUGGGAAUAAGGCAAGCUGGUGGAGGAAGUGUGAUGCUCUGGGCAAUGUUCUGCUGGGAAACUUUGGGUCCUGGCAUUCAUGUGGAUGUUACUUUGACACAUACCACCUACCUAAACAUUGUUGAAGACCAAGUACACACCUUCAUGGCAAUGGUAUUCCCUAAUGGCAGUGGACUCUUUCAGCAGGAUAAUGCGCCCUGACACACUGCAAAAAUGGUUCAGGAAUGUUUUGAGGAACAUGACAAAUAGUUCAGGGUGUUGACUUUGACCUCCAAAUUCCCCAGAUCUCAAUCCGAUCGAGCAUCUUUGAGAUGUGCUGGACAAACAAGUCCGAUCCAUGGAGGCCCCACCUCGCAACUUACAGGACUUAAAGGAUCUGCUGCUAACGUCUUGGUGCCAGAUACCACAGCACACCUUCAGAGGUCUUGUGCAGUCCGUGCCUCAAUGGGUCAGAACUGUUUUGGCAGCACAUGGGGGAUCUACACUAUAUUACGCUGGUGGAUUUAAUGUUAUGGCCGAUUUAUACACCUUUUAUUUCAGAUUAGAAUUAUAUGUAGGCCUACAUUUUUUUGCAUUAACUACAAUAGGGUACCUCUACUUUCCAUGCUGACACUAUUCAGUCAGUCAGUAUUCACAGUGUACACUAACAAGGGCUCUCUAUGAAAGAAAAGCCAAGGCGUCUGGAUGUUGUAAAUAGAUACCCAAAAAAGCCCUACAGCACACACAAACACAAAUUACUGAAACGACAUCCAUGCAAAUAAAAGAUAGUAUAAUGUAAACCCAAGACAGAUAAGUACAAGUCAGAGGCUAUAGAAAUGAGGCUGCAGUUUUCUGAGACAAACUUUUUUAUCAAUUGUGAUAAACAUCAACCAUCUGAUCCGGCAUCUGUCAGCGUAACAAGAAGGUUAAACAGUUUAAGACAAAUCAAAACACGUCUUCUCAGGGAAACAGUGCUGAAGCUUCAGAACUUUAGAUGACAGACGUGUUGUUGUUUUUUUUUUGUUUUGUUUUUUUUUGCAUAUUUCCUGACAAUGCCUUAGACACUUUGGAUGUGCUCAUUAUGACCCCAGUGUUUCCAUGUGUCUCAAGUGAUAACCUAGCCAGGAAUGGAUGUCAGUGGAGAAUGAGGAAACAUACUAAAUAAAAUCACGACAUGAUCUGUACAGUUAGAGUGAUAAGUGCUAAGCACUCGUGCAUGUUGGGUGCCUGCCAGAAAGUAGUGAAAGCAGUGAUCAAACAAAUGUGUUACAUAAUCAUUUCAGGUAUCUAACAUCAACCAAUCUUGCCAUAUUAAACAUUGCCAUAAAAUACCACUGAGAAGUAUUAAAAUAAGUAUGCUAACAAUACUAAAAUGGCAUUUUAUAUUAUAAAACCAUACCACUGUCACCAUACUUCUGUCACCUCGAUAGCCCUGAGCUCACAGGGUACAGGAAAAAUUGAUUGGUUAAUAAUGUUUCUUCCCAUAGGAGCUGGUAGCCAAUACAAUUUGAACAAACUAAGGGAUGCGUUCAUUUG